CAGACGGAAAGGCCGCUUCCUCGCCUUAUAAAAAUUUUCAACUAAAUUUUAGAUAAAAUAUCUUCAUUUGUGAGAAACUGUAAUAAAUAAAUAAAUAAAAUUUAGGGGUUUUUUGAGAAAUCGUUCUGUACUGGUUGGGAACACUGCCCAUAGAUCUUCCUAAGUAUUUGUUUUGACACACUUGCUAGUGUUCGGUUGUACGUGAAACCGGUGAAACUGUUAAAUAAUGUUACCGUUGUCGUUAUUAAGGACAGCUCAGAAUCAUCCUAUGCUCGUCGAGCUAAAAAAUGGAGAAACAUAUAAUGGACAUUUGGUUAGCUGCGAUAGUUGGAUGAACAUAAAUCUUAGAGAGGUUAUAUGCACGUCCAGGGAUGGUGACAAAUUUUGGAGAAUGCCAGAAUGCUAUAUUCGAGGUAGUACGAUUAAAUAUUUACGAAUACCCGACGAAGUUAUAGAUAUGGUAAAGGAAGACGUACAAAUGAAAUCAAGAGGUCGUGGAGAAAUGAAAGGAAGAGGACAAAAUCAAAGAGGCAGAGGUAGUGGAAGAGGCACUUUUGGUCGUGGUGGAAGAGGUCCAGCACCCCUUGGUCAUGGUGGGGGUAAUCAGGGGGGUAACAAACCUCAAAAUAAAACAAGGACAAAAUGAAAUUUUGUUGUGCUAUAAUUUUAGUCCAGUACAGAUCAUUUUCUAACGAAUGAAUUAUUAUUUUUAUAUCUUAUUCUUAUGUCGCAAUUAAGAUUUUCGAAAGACAGAUAUUUGUAAAACGUGAUAAAAAAUAUCUAUACUGAGAA